AAAACGCGCGUCUCUGAAGUUUAAUUAAUUAUAUAUUAUUUUAGUUAUGAUAUUUCAUAAUAGCUGGAUUUGAGGGAGAUAUAAUUAAUAGUGAGCCAAAAGAAAAAUCAUGAAAACAUAACAAAUAAGAAUGGUUGAGAAGUCAAAGAAUGGCAGUAAUGUCUACGACAUUAUUUGUUAUUACAAAGACGAUAAUAAUGAAAAUCAAGAUCAUGGUACUGUCCAUGAAGUGAUUGAUAACAUUGAACAAGGGAAUAAUAACAAUAACAACGUGGAAAUAGCGAAAGUCAGCAGUAAGAAAAACAUAGUAGAAAGUCUAAAAUGGAAGCUAUUCGGUUGCUUCUUAAUGAACGUCCUUUUAUCAUCGCCAAUCUAUGGAUUUAUCACAAUCUACCUUCUACAUAAGGAUAAGCUUGACGGAAGCAUCGCCCUCAUAUGGAUUCCAAUUAUUUUCAAUGCCGUCUAUCUGCUGGUCACUCCGUGGCUAUUCAACACACUCAUUCCAUCCACAACACAUGCAAAUUCGAAUGCAAUGCGCUUAACAAAUCGGAACGUAAUCAUUGUCUUCACACUCAUCAUGUCGGCAGCUAUCUCACUAUCUGGAUUUACUUUUUCUUAUCUUAACGCAAAUUUCUUUCUUAUAUGUCUUCUCUAUGGUGUUAUUGGAGGCAUGUCGUCGUGCGUUAUUUUGGGUAAAAUGUUUGUGAUAAUCAACGGCAUAUUGAGAAAUGAGAGACUACACUUGAUAAAUUUCAUUUACUCAUUCGGUACUGGCUUGACUCAAUUUGUAUUUCCAUUUGUGACACAUUACGUCAUGUUAUGGUUUUGUCACAAUUGUACAAUUCUUAUUAUUGGCGCUCUUAUAACUCACAUCAUUCCAAUUGUAUUGAUUCUCAUUCCAAAUGAUGAAUAUGAUGGAAUAUCCAUGAAAUUAGAAAGUAAUAAUCUGGUCGAUAUGAGGAAAAAAUUUCCAAAUGAAUUGAGGAAAAUUGAAGAAUCUCGUUACAGCGAUAUUUCGUCAGCAUCUUAUGACUUUUAUCCGGAAAUGAUUAAGUAUCCAUCAGAUGUUCUCGACAUGGAUAACAUUCAAUGGAAGAAUCCAUCAAACUUUAAUGAUACAAGCAGCUCGUCCAAAAAUGAUAAGGAUGAUCAUUUUCUAGAAAUUCUCGAUAGUAAUCGUGUAAUGAACUCAGAUGGAGUUGAAAUACUCGAAACUAUAACCGAGGAAGAGAACGUUGAUGAGGAAACGAAAUUUCCUGGGGAUAUAAUAAUCGAUGAGAUGAAGCAAGACUCUAGAAAUCCCAUUGAUUUGAUUUAUGAAGAAGUGAACAAGAAGCAUGAAGAAAAUCAACGACAAAAUGAGAAUUACAAAUAUAUAGUCUUAAAGAGAUUCGUAUCUCAUAAAUAUGAAAAUGCAUUCACUGUCUUCUAUCGUCAAGUCAUAAAUCCGCUAAGUCGGUCUCUAAAGAUUUUCCAAUUCUAUCCAGCCGUGAUCCUUAAAUCAAUCGACAUCUUUUCAUAUCUUUUAUUUGUCACAUUCAUCCUACCAAAUCAGGCAAUGAGUCAGUAUCAGUUUGUGGAGCGUGAAAAUGUUAUUUACUUAAUCACAUUGAUGGGCCUUUGCUGGAUUAUUUAUUCAAUUGCCGUUCUUAAAUUUCAUAAAUCCCUCAAGCAAAAUUUCAUUCAUUAUUUUCAUCUCGUCGGGCUGCUCGCAAAGUUUUUUGGAUAUUUAUUCACAAAUCAACGAUAUUCAUUUAAUGGAUUUAUUUUCGGCAUCAUACUCAUCUCAAUGGGACAUGCCAAUUCAUUUCAUCUACAAGAGACCGUCAUAAGGAAUUGCUUUCAUCCAAGAAAAUGGUAUUAUAUUCGUGGGCCCAUUUACAGUUUCAGCGGAUUCCUAAUCCUCGUUUAUUGCAUAAUAUUUCACAUCCUUCAUGCUUAUCUUAGUUUUGUGACAUUCACAAAUAUUUUUGUAUUAUUUAAUUUAUGUGCCAUUUUAAUUUGGCUUCUUACCAACUAUGAAAUGGUUGUUUAUGUCUGUAGUAAAUAUUAGACUGAAAAAAAGUAUGUAAAAAAAUUGUUUUAAUAUUUACAAUUUACUACAUUUAAAUUGUUCUUUGGUUGGAUCAAUAGCUGGAAAAUUGAUAUAGCUUGAUUGAGUGCCUUUGUUCUGUACACUAGAUGUUGCAAUUACUAUAGAUGCAGCAACUUUCUGCACUAAUGAAGCAUCUGGGAAUUUAGAGAAGAAAAAUGCGAGUGCACCGAUAAAUGCAUCUCCGGCUCCUGUAAUCAAUAAAAGGAAAUCGCAU